GUCAUAAUCACAAUCAUAACUGAUCUCAACAUCAGGGGCAUCUGGUGGCAGUAUGAACUCAUCAUCAACAGCUGCUGUAGCAACAAGCCUUGUAUUUACAUCAGCUAUGACUGCAAACUGGGAAUAAGCAGGUAAUUGUUUCUGAAGCAAACAAUAACCAAACAUAAGAUGAAACAGACCACAUUGUUGAUUCUGCAUCUGAAGAUUGUGGACGAGAACAGGAGCUCUAGUUACAAAACCUUGAUUCAAAGCAACAGCUAACUUGUGACAUAAACAAGUGUAUAAAGACCAGGAAGAUCUUAGUUCACAAACAAAUUGCAUCUGAAAGAUACUGCUUUUACAAAAGAUAUAUCGCUCAAUUAAGAAAUUUAUUUGAAAAAGAUGGCCGGCAGAGGGAGGAGGACUGUCGUAAAAUUGCCAGAUAUGGUUGCUGCUUCACCAGAGAAAUCUCCUUUCAUGGAUUCACUGUUCAAGAAGAUGGAGGUGAUAGAAGAAAACGUAAACAACUUAUGCCAGAUUGCAUCCACUCUUAUGGAUAGCUGGAAGAAAAGACAAGUGCAUGCUGUGGCAGUGCAGGCAGAGUUAGAAACAUUGAAGAUGACGAAGGUGGAUAUAGAAGAGGUGGUGAAUGCUCUGGCUCAAAAGGUUGAUGAAGAAUUGUUGAGCACAAGAAUUUCACAUGACAGACACUUCAGUAUUACUUCUGACUUCAGCAGAGCUCUGCAGGAAGUAGUCCGUGGAGUGUCACAUCAGGAUGAUAAACUUGAAAGAAGUGUUAUUGGGGCUAUGCAUCAAAUUGAGAAAGGGUUGAAUGACUAUGUUGACUGCAGAUUCAAAGAUAUAGAAGGAAGACUCGAGGCAAUAUCCAAGCUAAAAGAGGAAAUGGAGGCUAGAGGCACCAAAGUGAAACCCCGCAAGAAGGUCACCUUCGUUUCACCUGUCAAAGAAUUUAUGGAAGACAGACCUCGUAUCUCACCUCCUGGAGCCCGGUCACCCUCACGCAACUUGGCAUAUAAGCUGCAUGAACUUCAUACACAGCAAAUGAGAUUUCGUCAGGAAAGAAACCGCCUCCGUGAUGGUAGUCAUAUGAUCACAAGUCAAAAGCAUUUGCCUGACAUUUCUGGAAAAAUGUACCGCAGACAAGCAAUGCUUUCAGAGCCUCCCACUAAUGAUGACAGACUUUCUCCAAUCAAGUUAUCACCUUCUGAAGAAACAGCACGCUUGUCUUCUAGAAGACGAGCACCUUCUGUAGCAGCAUCAAUCUCAGCCUUUUACCAAACAGCCCGUCCUAAAUCAGACAAACUGGAUGCAAGGUCUUCUAAACGAAAGAGAUUAGCUAAAAAUAUGCCAGUUUCUCGUAAAGGGAUGCAAUCUGCUGAUAUACUUGCAAGCCCUCCCAAGCGCUUUCCUAAACAGAAGGUAACUGAUGAAAUACAAGCAGCCCUUCGUGAACAGAAGAUACCUUUUAACAUAAACUCUUGAGAUGGAAGGGAUCAGUUGGAACAUAAGUAGGCUGCCGUAAACAGAAAGUGUCAAAUACAGAAUCCUAAAGAGAAGGGACCAGCUAAGUAAGUUUUAGCCUCAUCUAAAGAUAAUGGAUCAGAUUAAAAUGUUUGAGGCCCUUCUGAUGAACUUAUCAUCCGGCUCCCCUGAAUGAAAAACAGUAUUUUAGUUCCAAGAGUACAGAACCAAUGAUGUUCACAAUAUUAAAAUUUCAGAUUCUCACAGUAGACAGUAUGAAGUUUACUGUAUCUUAUGGGUCGUUGUACCAUGUCAGCUGAUGAUUCAGGGAUGUUUCCUGAUGCCACCAUUUGGGUGAUGAGUAAGCUGCAUGUGGAUGAACUUGGCCAGAUGGAUGGCCUUGGGGAAGAUAGGGGUGAGGACAGAUGGAGCAAGGUAGCCAUUGGGAGAGUUGGGGGCCCGCAGUCUGGCCAAAUGGGGGGGAGGGGGCAGGCACUGCCUCCUUGACUGGCUCAGGUGGAGACCAUCCUCCUUGUUAAUGAUUUUAGGUUGUAGCUUGAUCUGAUUUUUCUCCCUGAUCAUAUUAUGUUGUCCUACCAUCCUGUCCACCAAAUCCAAAUACAUGAACCAAAUUAUCAUGGAGGCCAAUGAAAUUUAGCUACAUCCUAACCAUAAAAACAUGGAGGAUUGGCUCUGCCUGAACUGGUUGUGGACGAGACUCAUUGAACGUAUGCAAGAAGCCUCUGCCACUGAGGCUGUGCUUGUCUGGCCCCUUUGGCCAAGCUGUGUUAACCCAACUCUCCCAGUGGCUCCCUUGCUCUGUCUGACCUCACUUCUACCCUCAACCCUCAUCCAUUUGUCUAGCCAAGUUUUGACCUUGUUCAGCUAAUUCUUAUCUUCAUCUGCUUCUCUGUGUACUCAUUGCUGUGAUGAUGCAUGCAGUAAAAGCACCUCUGAAAUGCUGAUCAGUUUUGAUGCAACAAGACAGUUAUCGACAUGUUUAAAUGGUGUUAAGGUAACAAAUGAAUAUAUAUGAUGUGCAGCUUUCAUAAUGAAAUAAAAAGAAUUCUUCCCAGGCUACCAGCCGUGUAAGGUGGUUUAAUGGAGAAAACACCAACAUUUUGAGAACUAUCUUCUUUCUCAUCCUCACGGUACCCUGAAGACGAAGGUGGUUCUUGAAAUGUUGGUGUUUUCUGUUUCAUUAUUAACAGAUGAAUCAGUUACUGUAAGACUUUUACUAGAAAAAAUAAAAAGUUAUAUGAUGUUGUUUUAAUA